AUGUCUCUUUGGAGUACCUACCGCGGCUUAACCCCGAAAACACGCGCGCUUUUCGGCGUCGGCGUAAUGGCAUGGGCUACCAUUGGAUUGUGGACUUCGCCUAAAGUUGAGGAUGCGCUUGGGAUGCACGCUUCAAAGGAGGAGCAGGAGGCACUGGAUCGCCAGCUUGCCGUGCGGAUAUCGAGAGCUGGACGCGAAGAUAACAAGGAUGAGACCAAUUAA